AUGUCGAGGCGCAAGCAAGUGAAACCUCAACAUAUCAACUUGGAGGAGGACCAGGAAGAGGAGCAGAUGCAGCAGCUGGCCCCAAAGUUUGCAGAUGCGGCCUCAGUGGUGUCUGCAGGGAGGGAGCUAGGUGCUCCAGUGAACAACCCGGGAACUGGUGAGGACAUGAAUGGGGACCAAGUGAAAGUAAAGAGAUCUUGUUGUGAGCAGUCUGUCAUCUGUCAGAUGUGCUGUGCAAUGUUCUUGAGCGGGCAUGAGUUCUUAGAACAUAAGCAGAAUUGCUCUAAACUUAGACCUGUCUUCAUUGUGAAGGACAGUAAGGGGCUGGUGCCUUCAAAAGACUUCAGGGCUGUGGAGAGCUACCAAUCACAUAAUCCAAGCAAUAAGGAAAGUCCUAGGGAGCAUGGUGGCAGCUCAUGGGACAUGAAGGAGAAGCCAGGGGCAGAGUCUGUUCUGCAUUCAAAGAAGAGUGCUCUGCCACCGAUAUCCCAGCACUUAAGCUAUUUAUCCAAAGGCAAAGUGCCCAAAACUAAUGUCACUCUUCAAGCACUACCGGGUACCAAGGUGGCAGUGAGUCAGCAGAGAGCCAACACACUGUCUGCUCCCCUGCCUCCCCUCCUGCCUGCCCCCCGGCCUUCUCCCCAGCCUUCUCCUCAGCCUUCCCCCCCGCCUUUCCCUCUACCCACCCCCGUGCUUGAUCCCCUACCUUCCCACCUGCCUGCCCCCCUGCCCAUCCACCUGCCUUCCCACCUGCCUGCCUCCCUGCCUCCCCCACUGCCUGCCCCGCUGCCCACCCGCCUGCCUUCCCACCUGCCUGCCCCCCUACCUCCCUCCCUGCCCCCCCUCUUGCCCACCCCCAUGCCUGCCCCCUUGCCUGCACCCCUGUCUUCUUCUCUACUCACCCCCAUGCCCGCCCCCUUGUUUUCCCCCAUGCCCACUCCACUGCCUGCUCCUCUGCCUGGUGCCAACAGCGUCCCAUGGUUCCUGGAGCAGGUCCUGUAUCUGCAGCAUCAGCAGCUACAGCAAAUGCAGCUCACAGAGCAGAUUCGCGUCCGGGUGAGCAUGUGGGCCGCCCACACCUUCCACUCAGGCAUAGCGGGAGUUGAUACCUUGAAUACCUUUGGCAGCCACAUGUCCCACCAGGUCCAAGGUCUGUUUCUGGACCCCUUGAAUCAAGCCAGCUUACCUUACGCAAAUAUCCCUCCCACCACUAGCUUUGUGCCCCAAAGGCUGGUACCUAUUGCCCCAAGGCCAGAUGGGUCAAGGGUGCUUUUGAACCACCUUCCAGGUGCUUUCAUAUCUCAGGCCCCAGUCUCUGUGCCCUUCCAGAGCCCUUUCUCCACUGUGGCGUUAAACCCAUCCAUGAAUGGGAAAGAGAGGCCAUCCAAUGUCCCCCCAGCGAAUGUCAAAUCCAGAGACAAGGCUGCCGCCUGCCUGUAUAAAUGUAAACACUGUAGCAAGUCUUUUGGGACUAAUAAAGACUUGCAGGUCCACCUCCUUUCCCAUAUUGAAGAGAGACCCUUCGUGUGCUCGGUCUGUGGCCAAUGUUUCACCACAGAGGACAACCUCCAGGAGCACCAUCAUCAACAUUUCCAGGUGAAGGCGAAUCCCCAACAGUUUGGCGAGUUCCACGACAACAUGGCAACAGGCAUUGGUGUUCCCUGUGCACUCUCUGUACCUGUCCCUGAAGAUGAAUCAAGUCUUAGCAAAUCAGUCCUGGUCACAGAGACCCCCAAUGUAGGGCUACCUCAGAAUAUCUCUUGUGGGACUAACCCCAAGGACCUGAUGGAUGGCUCACCAGCCAACUACCCUCAGCCCUGGUCUCCAGAAAGUGGGGAUGGAUACCGAUUCUCUGGAAUGGGGCCAGACCAUAAUUACCCAAGCGUUGGUGGUUUCAAAGGAAGAGGGGCAUCCAAGCCAGGGUCAGAGACUCUGAAGUUGCAACAGCUGGUGGAGAACGAUGAUAAGGCCACCACUCACCCCAAUGAAUGUCACAUUUGCCACCGAGUCUUAAGCUCCAAAAGAUCCCUCAAAGUGCAUUACCGCACCCACAACAGGGAAAGUACAUACGAAUGUAAGACCUGUGGCCGAAUCUUCUCCACCAAAGGAAGCCUGAAUACACACUUAAAGACUCACAAAACUAAAACAUCCACAAAGGCGAAGUAUUCGUGCCCCAUGUGCCAGAAGAAGUUUACCAAUGUGGCCAGGUUGCAGCAACAUGUUCGGAUGCACAUGAGUGGUCAGAUUCCCAGCGCACCUGUUCUGGAAAAUCCUUGUGACUUUAGGGAUCCUGAGCCAAUGGAGAUCGAUGAGAAUGGAAGUACAAGUGCCACAUGUCACAGUGAUGUUGAAAGCACUGAUGUAGACAAAGUUGACUCCCAGGAUGCCCCUAGCAACUCAUCAAAGAUCCCCAUGCCUCUUCCGAGCAGCCCCUCGACAUUACCUGUGCCAAGUUUCACCAUCUCAGCUAUCCUGGGUGUGGGCCCUGAUCCUGUGGUCACACAGCAGCAUAGCAGCAGAGGAAAAGGUUUGGAGGAGAGUGGUGGCUUGACCAACUUGUCCUCAGUGAUAGGAGACCAGAAGUAUCAGAGCCAAAAUGCAGACCUUCUGGAAGUCACGCCAGUCAAUAGCAAAGCAGAAAGCAUCAAGUCCAAGUUUCCUGAUGCUGAUGGCAAAACAGAGAGCUUAGAGAACAGCCACACUGAUGUGAAAGGUUGGAGCAGUCUUCCAUUAACAGUUGCUGGGGCCCAGCCAACCUAUGACAAAGUUGGACCCACAACCAUAUCCGCAGGCAUGGCAUCUUUGUUAGCAGCUCAGCCAUGCCAACAAGAUGAGCAACAUGGUUGCACACAGUUUGGGAAGAACUCAUUGGCCUGUGCUGUUGAAAUUCAUGAGUGCACUCACACCGGGCAGAAGAAGCCUUUCGUGUGUAACAUAUGCAGGCAAGCUUUCACCAGCAAAGACAACUUGCAGGCCCACUAUAUGACACAUAGGGCCAACAAUAGCUCUGCACACUGUGGGAGGAAGGAAGGCAUUGAGAACACCAUGGUUCUGUCAGGAACAGAUGGAAAGAUGUUUCCUGAAAUGUUUCCCCAGGAAACCACAGUCCCUUCAGUGACUGUGAACCCAGCUGUGUGCAACCAGGACACCACCAUGCUCAGUGGUAGUCUGGCCAGUAAUACCAACAAGAUCUCAGUGAUUCAGAGUGUAGGUAUCCCUACUCCCCCAGUUUCCCAGGGGGCAAGCUCUGCUGUGGAUGACACUACUGUUUCCAAUAUAGAUGUCUCUCAGUCAGCUGUUAGUGCUGAUGUGGAAAAAGCAAGUGCUGCUGACAGCAUUCCCAAACACCAGUCCCCUCACUUACCGGAAGCUAAGCUACAGGAGAGCCCACCCGAAGGAGAAAUGUAG